GGUUACGCAGGCCCGCACGUCGCCGGUGGAGGGCGCCUCCCCGCUGGCGACACCCACCGCCGGCUGCGGGGAGGGGGCGGCUGCGGGGCCCCGGCGGCGCGGCGAGGCCGCGGGCGGGGGUAUAUGGCGGCGGUUCUGGCCGCCCUGGCUGCCAGGCUUUCCCAGUCGGCCGCGGCCAGGUCCUACGGGGUGUUCUGCAAGGGGCUGACGAGGACUCUCCUCAUCUUCUUCGACCUGGCCUGGAAGCUCCGCAUCAACUUUCCCUACCUCUACAUCGUCGCCUCCAUGAUGCUCAACGUGCGGCUGCAGGUCCACAUUGAGAUCCAUUGACAUGUGACUUGGUGUGCUGCUUGCCCUGUGUGCUGCAACUAGAGGCAAUUAUACUCUUCAAAUUCAGCCUGUUGUGAAACAGCAAAGCUGUGCUCAUCUUCUCUAGGACUAUGAAGAAAGAAGAUUUAAACCAGAAACGAGUAUGUGACAGUGGCCCAGAUGAUCACAAGGCAGCAGCUCACCUGACACACAUGCAUUCCGAGUUGAACGAUUCUCAAAAACACAGUGGCAGUUUACAAGAAUUAUUAUAUUUUAACACCAGGAAAUGUUCUCUCUUAAAUACUCCACCUCUGCCUUUGAUUGGCAAGGAAAUGCCUCUGAGUGAACCAGCAGGGAGGGACUCGAGUGCAGCUGCUCCUUGGAAGGAUUUAUUUAAUCUGCAUUUUUCUUCUGGGAAGGACAAUCUUGAUACGGUUUCUCACUGCAUCAAUAGUAUUUCAGUAAUGGGGUGGCUGGAGAAAGCUUGUAGUUUUGCUGCAGACUUUAGCUUAUGCUAUCCAGAAGAUGACAUAGCACGUUUUGCACACUUCUGGCUUGGAAAUUUGCAGUUUAGUAAAAACCUGCGGUUUCUGGAACUAGAAAUGAGCAGUAGCCAAGAGAAUGAAUUGUGGCUUACAUUUCUUAAAGAGCUGGAGCUUGGUGGACUUGUUCUGUAUUCUAUUCCGGUUGCCUCACUGAAUGAAUAUGCUAUGGGACUCUUAAACAAGGAACUCUGCUUUUUUCUUUGUUACGUAAACCUUGUAUCUUCAGAGCACCCACCUGGAUACAAGCAAAUGCUUUCAAAUAUACCAUAUGUGGCUAAUAAUUUUCACAUCAUAGAGCUAGUAAUUUCUGUGCUAGCUUUUGCACUAGCAGGUCUCUGGUAUGCAGUAGUGAAGGUAAAAAAGUACUAACAUUUUAAUAAUUAUUGUUUUAAACUUUAAUAGAAACUUUGACAGGGUUACAGUUUGGGUUUUAAUGAGAAGCAGACAGCUGAAUUAAAAAUCAUGUAAUUGCUAGUUAAACUGGCUGUUGGAAGAAUAGGGACUUUUUUGUAAGGAGUAUCUUGCAUCCGAGUAGAAAAAAACUUAUUAAUCUCAAAAUCUUUGGGACUUCUGCAGGUCUGCUGUUACUACUACACUAGAACCCAAUUUGGUUGCUCAGCACAGAUCCUUUGGGUUAGGUUUUUUUUUAGAGUUUGUAUUAGGGGAGUAUUAUGGCUACUAUUUACAACAAUUUCCAAUGAAAAUGUUUUUUUGUAGAAUUGAAUUCCAGCUCUGAAUCUAACUAAUGUGUCAGUCCUUAAAAGGCUUUGAACUGGAAAACUGUUGGGAGGGUGGUCUUCAGGACAGCACAACUCUUGGCAGUGUUGCAUCUCAAGGAGGGUACUGCUGUAAUUUAAACAGUAUCUCAUGAGCUUUCUUGUGCUACGUUAGACACUAGAGACAAUUUUCUAAAAGAAUGUUUUCUUUCCUUGAAAAAGUGUUUGUUAUCACUGAAGCAUGGUAACCAUUUCUAGGCUUGUUGACUUUGGCUUUGGGAUUGAGUUCUGACACUGGGAUUUGGCAAAGAAUGGAGCAAAAAUGUUGGAAUCAAAUAGAGCUGCUCAUGAAUAAGAAUUGGCAGGAUUAAGCUCUUGUAGGUCCUUGGAUGGAGAAACUGAUUCUGCUGUAGGUCAAAGUUUGAUUUCUGUGUCUGAAAUUUUCAACAGGGCACUUGGCAUAGUUGGGGUUGCUUUGCUCUACAGGCUCACCUAAAGAGGGAGGUAUUGGUAUGGUGAGUUAGGUUGUGUUUUUCAGCUCACUUUUCACUCUGAGUUAAAAGGGAGGACUUAAUGCAAAGUCAUGCCAGUGAUGCCUACACUAGUAUGCUUUUUGCUAGCUAGCUUACUUCAUUUUGGAAAGAGAGUAAGUGAUGUCGCAUUUAGCUUGAUCUGAAUUUGCCUGGAAAGCCAUUAGAUUUUUUAGUGUGGUGUUUAUUUGGGUGCUAGCUCACUGGUGUAGAGGAGUCCUUGAUUAUGAAGAUGAAAUGCCAGUUAUCAGUGUUAACAGGGAGAAAUGUUAGAAUCUUUUAACCUUGAGUGCUGAAAGAAAGAUAUGCUACUUUUUCUGUUACAUGAUAUGUUGUGGUUUCAUUAGCCCCAUUAGUUUGUUAUUUCUUCUGGAUGUGAGAGGAGAUAAAAAGCCAUUUAAUUUAAUUUAGAAAUUUGCUUUUCCCCUAGUGUGUACUUUUAUUAAUUGUUUAACUUCUAGACUUUUGAUCACAAUUACUUGUCACAAAAUUACCAACAGACCUAAAAAUAAUGAUGGAGUACAUAUUUUAACUAGUUUGACAGCAGCAGUUUCCUCUUGUUCAAGCCAUACUAUUCACUCCCAUCUCCGCUGCUGCAAUUUAUCACUCUGGCAGUGGUACUAACGUGAGUGUUUGUGGAUCAAGAUUGCUGAAGCAAUGGGGAUCUGAAACCCCAAAACACCAGAAAGACAGUUCUCCAAAGGUCUGUGGCUUAUUUGAGUUAUGGUGUUAAGCUGUUGUCUGCAUACAGCUUGACCCAAAAAAACACUUGGCAGAGCUGAGGGUAGAGGAAUGGUGGGGAGUGGUUGGAGCUUGUUUAAGCUGGCUUGAUUGCUAAAGAAAACAUUGUGCAACUGCAUCUUAAUCUCUAUAACUAGCUAUAUAGGUAAAGAAGUACUCUUUUUCCUGUAUGGUGAGCUUUUAUGUGUGUGGGUUUUUUAUUAAAGAUGUACAUAAACACAAUCCUGCAUCCAAAACUGAGUGCUUGAAUUUCCUAUAUAAAAAUUGACUGGUGCAGUUGUACCUGUAGUUGUUACUAGAUACCUUGUCUAUUCAGGUGAAUGGUUUGGCCUAUAAGAUUCUCUACUCUGCUGUAAAUUAUUUGGGAACCACAUGUUUAGGGAACCACAGUUAUACACAAAAAAAACCUUGUAGGUGAUUUGUCGGGUUAUUAGGCAAGAGGAGUAGCUAAAGGCAUAAAAACAUUAAUUCAGUUUUUAACACACCUAUUCUUUGUGGUGAUUUCAAAGGGGGAAAAAAAAAGCAAGUGGAGGGACAAAACAUGAGAGAAGCCACCUUAAAUUACAAUUUAAAUAUGUUUACAGUGGGUUGUCUCUCUAUUGAUGACAAGCCUAUGCAGGAGGAGAUCUUGAAAUGCUGAAUCACGUUAUGUAUCAGUCCAGCUAAUACAGUCCUGUUUUAAGCAAAAUUUGCUUUGAAUGGCUUUUAAUCUGUAUGAGGAGAUAGAGUGCACCCUUAAUAAGCUUGCAGAUGACACCAGGCUGGGUGGAAGUGUUGAUCUGCUUGAGGGUAGGGAAGCUCUACAGAGAGAUCUGGAUGGCUGGGCCAAGGUCAACACCAUGAGUUUCAAUAAGGCCAAGGGUCAGGUCCUGCACUUGGGCCACAACAACCCCCAGCAGUGCUACAUUUUCAGGCAGAGAGGGAGCUGGGAGUGUGGAUUGAGAGUGGCUGAGCAUGAACCAGCAGUGUGCCCAGGUGGCCAACAAAGCCAGUGGCAUCCUGGUCUGUAUUAGGAACAGUGUUGUCAGCAGGAGGAGGGAGGUGAUCAUGCCCCUGUACUUGGCUUUGGUGAAGCCUCACCUUCAAUACCAUGCCCAGUUUUGGGCCCCUCUCUACAAGAAGGACAUUGAGGUGCUGGAGAGGAUCCAGAGGCUAUUACCAAGCUAGUAAAGGAUUUGGAGCACGUCUCAUUAGGAACAGCUGAGGGAUCUGGGGCUGUUUAGCCUGGAGAAAAGAAAGCUCAGGGGAGACCUUAUCCUCUCUACAGCUACCUGAAAGGAAGUUGUAGGGAGGCGGGGGUCAGUCUGUUCUCCCUAGCAACAAGCAAUAGAAUAAGAGGAAACAGCUUCAAGAUGCACCAGGGGAGGUUCAGGCGGGACAUGAGGAAGAAUUUCACUACUGAAAGGGUCAUCAGGUAUCAUUCUAUCAUCUCUUAUUACAGAAUCACUUCAAAUAUAGACACAAUACAGCUAAGCAAAAUGAUGGAUUUGGGGUGUAUUAUAUGUAUAUUGAAGAUAUAAAGACUAUAUCUUAAGUCAAUGGAUUUAAUCCAUUUUAAGAUAGUUUAUAUACUUUGCCUUGGAUUUCAUUUUUUAAAACCUAGAAGUUUUAUCGUGAACAUUCCUUCUGCAAUUCAAAAAAGGAUAGUUUGCUAUGUUAAAAGUCUCAUGUAAUAUACUGCACUUUAAGCUUGGGGAGUCUCUACAUUGAAAGCACUGUUGUUACAUCAAUAGAACUGUUCGGUGGUGAAAAUGCCGAAGUGGCUUUUGCUGUCUGGGAGGAGAAUGGUGAACCAGAAGAACGGCAAUCCUUUGAAACUAUGUGUAAGUCAAACACUACAUCGUUUAGGCCACUGUUCUCUUCCUACAAAAUAUUUCGAUAUUAACUCAUCUCAAAAAUAGAAGGUCUCUCAGCUAAGAACCAGUUUGCAUGGAGUUUCAUGGAUUCAGUAGGUCACAUGUGGAAAGCUUUUCUGAGUAAAUGAGCUGUUAGGGCUGAGACUGUCUUGGAUAAUAGUACAGAAGCAAAACACUUUUUGUAGGGGUAAGGCACCUUUGUACUGAGCAAGGAGUUGCCUUUUUAUCUCCAGUUCCUCUCUCAUUGUGCUCUUCCAUCAGGAAAGAGGUAUUUCUAAGCAAAAUGUCAGGGUUCUACUAAGCAUUUCCUUUCUAAAAUUUCAUUGAUCUGUGUCCAGAUCCUUUCUGCACUAUGUAGCAAACAGUCCUAUUUCUGCCAUUAAAAAACAAAUUACGAAACCAGUCAAUAUUUAGAGAAUUGCGUAGUAGUUUCCCAUAAGUGUACACUAGAGUGGAAAUUUACUAUAUAGUGUACUACUUUGAAAAACAAAAUCUACUUUUAAAUGUGUGUGCACAGAGCUCUGCAUGUAGAUAAUGUUUUAUCACAGUAUGAUGUUGGAAUGCUUAUGCAAAUGCUUAUUUACUUUCUGACAUUAGGAUGCAAAAUGGAGUAGAGAUGGUGGUGUACAUCUCAGUGUGAUAUUAGCUAGUGCAAUCUUAGAAAUCAUAUAUGUGCAUCAUCAUGCACCAUGAGACGGUUUUAGACAUUUUUUUAGCUUUUUGCUUUUCCAGUGUUGGGUUAGUUGAGUUUUUCAUAUGGUGUUUGGUGUUUUGAUGUUUGGGGUGGGGUUUUUUUGUGUUUUUGUUCACUUUUUAAAGACUGUAAAGACUGCACUUUCUUAAACUUUGCCAAAGUUUGCUUCCUUUUUCUGUUCCUCCUCCCUUGCCCCUUCUUAGAGGUAUACAAACUGUUAAUUUUUGGAAAAAGCAAGCUUGUAUGUAUGUAUUCUCCUAAUACAUCAUCUUAAUGUCAAGUUGUUCCUUCUGUUUUUAUAGCUUGAUCUUACCUAUAAUUCCCUUCUCUUCAUUCUCCAUAAUUUCUCAGCAUAGGCAUAUGCUGAUAUUGUGUUCUUUUCUGAAACACUCCCCUGUAAUUAAUGAAUGAUAGAAACCACACAGAGAUGUAAGCAUCCAUAGUCUUGUCAUAAAGCUGUGAUAUAUCUGACAGAGCAACAGUAGUCAGUGUGAUGAUGUAUUUCUGCUUUUUCCCUUCAAAACAGUUGCUUUGAUUAAAAUCUAGUAUUUAGUUUGAAUUUGUGGUACCCCUGUCAGCUCAGAACUGCAGCUAGAAUUUGAGGCUUAUCAAAUACAUUCAGGUCAGUCUUGGUGCUUACAAAUAUGUAGAGGUCAAACCUUAGAAAUGGUUAUGCUAGCUUCAAAACUCUUUGGGUUUUCUUAAGUUAUACUAAUAACUUCUGAAAAAUUCACAUGAUGCACUUUUAAUAUUUUGACAUAAUUUUUUUCCUGUGAGUGCAUAGUUUAAAUGUGUUCUGACACUUGUUUCUGUGCCACAAUCAAUAACUGGGGGAGAAAAAAAAAACUCUUUAGGAUAUUAAAAAAAUAUCUGUGAUGCAUCUUCUUUUGCUAUCUCAGACUUACAAAGCCUCUGAUCCUUAAUAAAGAGCUGCAUUUGAUGGAACUUUCAAAUAAACAACUUGUCUAUGAAAAUACUAAUAUUUAUGAUCAGCUCACUUAAAAACAAAGACAUAGAUACCAGUCUGCUGAUAGUGUGAAAACAGGAGUAAUCUGGAAGUGUCAGAAUAAUGCCAUCAUGUUCCACCCCAUGCUAAGUAAAUCCUAUUGGUGUGUACUUUGAAAGGAACUGUGUAUUGCAUUUACAAUCUGUUACCUUAGUCUUUUUGGGAUUGGUGGUACAAGAUUCAGACCAAACCAAUGGCUACUUCAUUGUUAAUGACAAAAUAAACUUAAAAGCUACAACACUUUAGAAAAUGGCAUGAGGGACUGCCAGAAAGUAAAUCUGCCUUGAAAAGAUCCAGUUUUAUUUUUGUGAUGUCAAUAUAUUUACAGUCUGUUUUUGCAGAACUCUCUUAUUCCUCCUUUGUGGAAGAUCUCUAUAAACCUGAUAGCAAAAGUGGCUGAAAAGCAAACUUGUAAAAGUAUGUGUUCUUUCAUUUUCUAUUUGUAGUAGAUUUUACCUAUUAUCCAAUAUAAAAAUACCUAGAUGUAAUUUACCUACUUUUAAGAACAAAAGUUUAAAUCUAAUGCAUAGUGCCUGAUUCAUCACUUGAGUAUUCCAUGAGCUUUCUUGAAAAUGGAUUCUGCUACCUGUUGGUGACUAACACUAAUUUUAAAUGCUGACACUUAAUAUUUCAUGUGAACUGUGAUAUUAUCCAUGCAGAAUGAUUUUCCUCUAUGGCCUUGGUCUUUGGUCCUAAUUUGUUUUUUAUUGCAAUGCGAGAGAUGGAGAAGGCUGGCACAAACUGGCUUUGUUUGUUCCAGAGAAAGAUGUUUACAACUUUGUAUGUAUUUUAGAAAUUUCUUGUGACACUUUUUAACUUGUGAGAAGAGUUUCCAUAGUAAACUUGAAUCCUGUUGUCCUAAUGAGGUCAAUACAGACUUUUGAAUAAUACGAAGUGGUAUCUCUAAGCUUCCAGAAGCUGUUGUUUGUGAUGCUGCUCGCUUAUACCACAGGAGGGAGUUAAACAUCAGUCUUUUAAAUAUUUUCAGUUAAUGGCAUCAUUUUUUUCAUAGCACAGUGCAUUUCAGUUUAUGAAUAUGCUGACUUUGACUUGUCUUAUGGAUUGUCACUGCAGAUAGGUUAAUGUACAAAAUCAAUACACAGUGGUCGUAUUGUAACUGUUUACAAUUGAACUCUUGAGUACCAAUUUGAUGGGUUUUAUCAAGCUAUUUAAAAAGAAAUAAAAAUAUUUUAAAAACCU